AUGCUGUUUGUCAAGCUUAUGAACGAUAUUAUCAAGAACCAGCUGGGCUUCCAGGUCUUCGUUAUCUUGACGUGUGGCAUUAAACACGCCAAUGCUGGACUUGACGUUGCCAUGCCAGUGGCUCUUCUUUGGAAAGCUGACGAGAUAAGCUUAGUUCAAAUUCUCAAGAACGAUUCCGUCAACGCCUCUCGCCUCGAUGACAUCGCCACCCCACUUGUCGCAACUUGGGCUAAGUUUGGCACCUUGGACCCAGAGGCAGAAGCCAGGGGCAUGCCACUCGACCCAAAUCAGCGUAGGGCAUAG